CUUCGCGCUGGGGCUGCCGCCUCCCGCGCUCCGUAGUUCUUCCGUCUGGCGCUGGCGACUUCUCUCUACUUCGGAGCGGAAUCCUCUGGCUAGUAAACAAGCAUAGGAGGGUAGAAGAAAAUACUGAUUGAUUCUGAGUAGCUGGAUAUUUGUCACUUCGGAUUCUAAAAUAAUGUCAUCAUGGCAAGAUUUCGAAGAAGAACAUGCAUCAUUUUGUCACUUUUUAUUUUAUUUAUUUGCUCCCUGAUGAUGGCUUUGAAAACUCUGAGACCUGAUAGAGCUGUUUUUGGGGAUCCAUUUGGACUUGAUCUUCUACCAGAACUUCGCCAACACAAAGUACACUUGGAAACUAAGCCUGACAUGCCAAACAGUGUCAGGGAUGAUAGUAUAACAAACAGCAAGAAUAUAAAGAGUGUUGCUGCCAGUAGCCUAAAAAUUCCUGUGGUGCCUGAGAUAAACAUGGAAGAGCUUCCAUCCCCUAAUUAUAAUUUUCAUGUAUUUUACUAUAGUUGGUAUGGAAAUCCACAAUUUGAUGGUAAAUAUUUACAUUGGAACCACCCCAUCUUACCACACUGGGAUCCCAAAAUUGCUAAAAAUUAUCCAGAGGGCGACCACAUUCCUCCAGAUGACAUUGGGUCCAACUUUUACCCUGAGUUGGGAACUUACAGCUCCAGAGACCCUUACAUCAUAGAAACUCACAUGAAGCAAAUGCGCUCAGCUUCAAUUGGUGUGGUAGCCCUGUCAUGGUACCCACUUGGUUCAGCUGAUGAUAAUGGGAAAUCUACAGAUGAGUUGGUACCUGCUAUUUUGGAUAAUGCUCAUAAAUAUAAUCUAAAGGUCACUUUCCACAUCGAACCAUAUAAAAAUCGAGAUGAUCACAGUAUGCACAAAAGUAUCAAGUACAUUAUAGACAAAUAUGGAAGCCAUCCAGCUUUUUACAGAUAUAAGACCAACACUGGCAGAGUCUUGCCCAUGUUUUAUGUGUAUGAUUCUUACCUCACAAAGCCAGAAACCUGGGCCAAUCUUCUAACUGCCUCAGGGCCCCUGAGUAUUCGUAACACUCCCUAUGAUGGAUUGUUUAUUGCUCUUCUUGUAGAAGAAAAACACAAACAGGAAAUCCAGAGAAGUGGUUUUGAUGGAAUUUACACAUACUUUGCCACAAAUGGCUUCUCUUAUGGCUCAUCACAUCACAACUGGGCAGGCCUAAAAGCCUUUUGUGACAGCAACAGCUUACUGUUUAUCCCAAGUGUGGGGCCAGGAUACAUAGACACCAAUGUCCGACCCUGGAACAACCACAACACUCGGAACCGAGUCAAUGGAAAGUACUUUGAAACUGCUUUCAAUGCUGCUCUUCAGGUGCGUCCUGAUGUUAUUUCUAUCACCUCCUUUAAUGAGUGGCACGAAGGGACUCAGAUUGAAAAAGCAGUUCCCAAGAGAACUGAACGCAUAGUAUACCUUGAUUACCAGCCUCACAAACCAGGUGUUUAUCUGGAACUCACUCGUAAAUGGUCUGAAAAAUAUAGUAAGGAAAAGGAACAGUGGCUUGCGUGAAACGAAUCCAAUAGCCAUUUUAAUAUACUUAGUCCAAAGUGUACUAAUAAUUAAAACAGUCCAAUGUAUCAGAUUAUGCGUAAUAUUUUGUCAGAAGAAAUCUUUAAGUCAACAUGCAUUAUUCUUGUAUCUUUAUUAGAAUGAAUAUAGACUUUUGUAAAAGGUUGAAAUAGCAAUAUUGUUAUUGUCACCCUCUUGCAGGUUGUAUUUUGAAAGUAUUUGAAAAGGAUGCUGUGUAACUUUUUAUAUUCUGUAAAUUAGAUUUAACUAACCUCUGUAAGAUAAUUUAUGAAACACUUAUGUACAGUAUUAGCAUAGUUUAUGUCAUUUAAGGCUGAAAAUGAAAUUCAGCUUUUAUGACAGUUUAAUUUUCUAUUUUGUAGCCCAUUGUGCAGAAAGUAAUUAGCAUCUAAUUAGAGGCUGCUUGCUUUCUUGACACACAAACCAGUUUUGGUUUAUGUGGUAGAAAAAAGCAAGGUACUAUAAAAGAAUUGUUAAUAUAUAUGUGUUUCCUUCUUCAGUUUUGGAAGCCAUUUCCCUCCAGUCACUCAGCUAGCUAACUUCAUACCUUCUUAAGAAUUGAGGCUAUUGGUUACUGGAACCAAAAAUAGCAAAAAAAUUUCUAUAAGAUACAACACACACAUAAUCUAUGCCUUAAGUUAGCAUUACUAAAUCAUUGUUAAAGAUAAAGGGCCGUUUCUGCAUAGUUCUAUGUAUAUUGUCAUCUUGCUAUUUUCUAAGUACCUAUACUAUGCUGUAUGCUAUGCAAGUCACAAAUUCCUUCUCUGUGUCAGAAGAGGUUUUUUUGGGGGUCUUUAAUAUCCUGAAUUUUAGGUAUAAAAUGAUUUGUAAAAUACCAUAUACAAGUUCAUCUCUGUCAUAUAUACAUAUAUGUGUAUAUAUGCAUGUAGAUCUAUUUUUGAAGCUGUUUAAAUAGUACGAAAUCAUUUUUUUCCUAGACUGUGGUAUCUAUCAUGUUUUAUUAUUCUUGUUCCUUAGGAUUGUUAAAGUGAUUAUUGUUGGAUUGAAUUCAGCAAUGAGAUUUUAAAUUAGUGUGAAUGUAAGACAUCUUUUUUCCCACAUAUCUAGUUCAUGUAAAACUUGAGUAUAGGCUGUAGUCAGUAUUUAUGUAUGUAUUAUUUUAUUUUCAAUUCUAAUUUUAAAGGAACGGUCCAUUUUAGGAAAUGGUCUAUAUACAGAUUGAUAUGAUACUGUAUAAAAUUAUUUAAAUGUACAUAGGGAAAACUGAGUAAAGAAUUUGGGUUAAUUUUAUUUUGACAAUUUAACUUUUACUCAAAUUUAGUUUUAUUGUGGUAAGAACAAGAAUAGUGUUAAUUCUUUUAAUAUAUAGAAAUAUAUCUGUAAUUUAGUACUUGGCACUUUCAUAGCACCUUUAUUCUGAGAAUUAAAACACUUCAGUAUGGAGAUCUAUGGUUAUUAACAGUAGAUGUUUGCUAUUUAAGAAUAACCUCUUGUCAGAUAUUCAUCACUCAUAAUAUUGAAAUCCAUCUAUUAACUUAACCACCAAAAAACCAGGAUGUCAAAAUGCAACCUUAACUAGUACUGUAAAUUAUGUACUUGUAACCACAGUCAGCAAAAUAUACUGAAUCCGCUGUUAGAACAAUACAGUUAAAGUUAAAUAGAGAAUCUCACAUAGGGGAUAAGAGAUGAGAAUCAAAUAUAAUAGAUCAUAGAGAGUAUCAAUAACAAUAAACAAUAGAUCAUAGAGAGUAUCAGUAUUUGUCUUUGAAAAGAAGUCAGAAAUACACUUUCAGAUACAGAGGCAAACACAUCAUGAGCCUCAAGGUAACUUGUCCUUGAUUUAUCUGGGCAUGUAGAGCAGGCGGUAAUGAAACAGAGGUUAUCACAGAUAAUUGAAAAAUCAACAACAGUAUAAUCUAGUCUAAUCACUUUAACAUGUUUCGUCAAUAUAUAGGGAUAUAUCCAGCGCCUUCAUCACACCAGAAAGAAAUAAUAGAUUGUUAUAUAAAUUAGAACAACAUAGUAAUUGUAGCAAUAAUAAAGAUGAUAGCUGAUAUUAUUCUAAUGCUUUACAGUUUGCAGAGCACUUUACAUACUUUAUUCAUUUUAUCCUCACAAAGGUCUGUGAAGUAGGGAGUACAAGUGUUAUUAUCCCCAUCUUAUAGCUCAGAAACAGAGAUUCAGAGAAAUUAAUUGGCUUGAUCUUACAUUUUAUCACUCCAAAUCUAACAAUCCUGUCACUGUACCACUGUGCCUCCAAAUAAAGCAAAACUUUCAAUUAAAUGAAA